AUCAUCAUCAUCACCACUACCAUUCUCUCAUUAUAUAUAAAAAUAAAAAUAAAAUUCUCUCUACAGAAAAGAAUUUAUGCAACAGAAAAAGCGCGGUAAAAAAGCACAUCAUUUUUUGCAGUCUGAAACGGUACUCGUACGUGCGCAGAGAGGGGGAAUAUUAGUAAUAUCUGAAUUUAGUGAGCUGCGAGGGUUCAAUUUCUUAGCAAUCAAUUGUGGCGUAGAGAGAGAAGGCUAUCAAGAGGAGUUGAAGAUAUUCUGGAGAAUUCUCGCAUGGGAAGGUUCUCCUGAAACUGGUAGGAAUUGGAGAGAUCAGUCAUGGAAAGCGCGGCAGCGGCGGGGGAGAGAAAGAGGAAGGUUUAUUUAGGUGAAUCGGAGUUAUCGGCGUCGUCGAUUCAUCUGAAGGCUCCGCGGUUGGAUGACGUGGCGUCGGCGAGUUCAGGAGAUUUGUCUUACGAGACAGUCGGAGGAGACGAUGCCUUUGCGUCUUGUUGCACAAGUAACGGAUCCGGUGAUCUGACGAAGGAGACAUCGAAAUUCGUAGAUCUGGAGGACAAUGAGGCGACUGUGGAGUUCCUCACGACUUCGGCUGGUGAUUCGUUGGAUUGCCGAGAGAGAAGUGAAACGACGCCGGUGAGAGAGGCUCGAGGCGAGUCAGGCGAGCUGGAGUCAAUACGUGAACCAGAUCCUCGCCGUCAUUCUGCAGAGACGAAAAUGCCAUCAGAAGCUGAGCUUGAGGAAUUCUUUGCCGCGGCUGAGAAGAACAUCCAGCAAAAAUUCAUUGACAAGUACAACUAUGACAUAGUGAAGGACCAGCCCCUUGAGGGGCGGUACGAAUGGGUCCUUGUUCCAGUGAGGCCAGAAUAACCAACAACGCCAUGUUCUUCCACUAAUUUCAAUCUGAAGCUUUUAGGUUUGCUUAAUUUCUUGCUCAGAUUCGUACAGCUAGCUGUUCAAUCUCUAUCUCUACCGUAGAGAAGAAGUAUCAAAGUUUUAUUUCCUUUAUUUUUUCUAGUAUAAGGUAAGUUGUUUAGUCUUGCAGUCGAAUGGAAAUUCACUCUCUUCUGGGGAAAAAUUUGAAUAUUCAACCACUUCAAUAAAUGCACUUUCUUUCA